AUGGCUUCGACAGCCAACAAGGUUGGCCAAGGCCUGGCAAAGGUCUUGGGUAUCGAUCUCCAUUACCGGAACGAGACCGGCUCGGACCGUGUCACACGAGGCGAGAGUGUGUUUACCGUCGACUCUGCCGACGUCUAUGUCGAGGAAGAGCCAACAGCGCGGGAAUGGCUUCAGGAGGUUAUUCCCAGCGCUCGGGAAUUCAGCGAAUAUGUGUAUAGCUUAUUCCCUUUUGUUCAUUGGAUAACUCGCUACAAUAUGCAGUGGUUAAUCGGAGAUCUUGUUGCUGGUAUCACCGUUGGUGCGGUUGUCGUGCCCCAGGGCAUGGCCUACGCAAAGCUCGCUGAGCUCCCCGUCGAGUUCGGACUGUAUUCCUCCUUCAUGGGCGUACUCAUCUACUGGUUCUUCGCUACCUCCAAGGAUAUUACCAUCGGGCCUGUCGCUGUCCUUUCUACAGUGACGGGCGGAGUUUUGCUAUCGGCAGAAGAGAAAUUGGCUGGCCAAAACAUCUCACGAGACAUGAUCGCAUCUGCAUUGGCCAUUAUUGCCGGAUCAAUUGUCCUCUUUCUCGGCCUCAUAAGGCUAGGCUGGAUUGUCGACCUCAUUUCUCUACCUGCAAUCUCAGCUUUCAUGACUGGUUCUGCCAUCAGCAUUGCUGCUGGACAGUUCCCAACCAUGAUGGGAAUCAAAGGUUUCUCUACGAGGGAGGCCACAUACAAAGUCAUUAUCAACUCGCUGAAGCAUCUUGGACGCACUGAUCUCAACGCAUCCUUCGGUCUAACAUGUCUCUUCCUCUUGUAUGCUAUCCGAUUCGCCUGUGGCCAGCUUGCAAAACGUUUCCCAGCAAAGGCUAGGCUGUUCUUCUUUUUGAACACGCUCCGCACUGUGUUUGUCAUUCUGCUGUACAUUCUGUUCAGCUAUCUGGUGAACCGGUCGCACAGGGCUAACGGAACCAAGCCCAUUAUUUCCACGCUAGGAAACGUUCCCCGAGGUUUCCAACACGCUCGCGUACCAAAGGUUACAAUUCCGAUCAUCAAGUCUUUUGCCACGGAACUACCAUCCACAGUUAUUGUGCUUCUCAUUGAGCACAUCUCCAUCGCCAAGUCAUUUGGCAGAGUGAACAACUACGUUAUAAACCCUUCGCAAGAGCUGGUGGCUAUAGGCGUAUCCAACUGCCUAGGUCCCUUUCUUGGAGCUUACCCUGCAACCGGCUCUUUCUCCCGUACCGCUAUCAAGUCCAAGGCUGGAGUCCGCACACCUUUCGCAGGUGUGAUUACCGCUGUGGUAGUGUUGCUCGCCAUCUACGCCCUUCCGGCCAUGUUCUGGUACAUCCCGAACGCAUCACUGGCAGCAGUGAUCAUUCAUGCUGUACUCGACUUGAUCACACCACCGAACACAGUGUAUCAGUUCUGGAGAAUCUCUCCACUUGAAGUACUUAUCUUCUUCAUUGGCGUGAUAGUUACCAUUUUCUCCAGUAUCGAAAAUGGCAUCUAUGUCACUGUGUCUGUAUCUGCUGGCAUGUUCGCUUUCCGUCUAUUCAAAGCCAGGGGACGCUUCAUGGGACGAGCCAAGAUUCACUCUGUCGUUGGUGACCACAUUCUUGACCCGACGGAUGACGACAAGAGAUCACCCAAUUCAAGACAGAAGCCGGUUGAGGGAGAGCAUUCCAUCCGCGAAGUCUUCCUUCCCAUCGACCACAAGGAUGGGUCCAACCCUACCAUCGAAUUGGAAGACCCGUACCCGGGCAUCUUCAUCUACCGGUUUAGCGAAGGCUUCAACUAUCCCAAUGCAAACCACUAUCUCGAUCAACUCACUGACACCAUAUUCGCCAAGACCCGCCGUACCAACCAGUCAACCUACGGCAGACUAGGCGACCGUCCAUGGAACGACCCUGGCCCACGACGCGGCAAAGAUACUGCCGUGGAAGACAACCGGCCAACCCUCAAAGCCAUCAUUCUCGACUUCUCCUCGGUCAACAACGUCGACCUCACCGCAAUCCAAAACCUAAUCGACGUCCGCAACCAACUCGACAAGUACGCUGCCCCCGACACAGUCGACUGGCACUUCUGCAACAUCAACAACCGUUGGACCAAGCGGUCCCUCGCCGCCGCAGGCUUCGGGUACUACACCCCCGACCUUCCCGAAGAUGGCGUCACCCACCGCUGGAAACCCAUCUUCAGCGUCGCCGAGAUCGGCGGCUCAGACUCUGCCGCCGCACAAGCUGAAGCACGUCAGAACCUGCUUGCUCAACGCACAUUAUCCCAGAUCCGUACUCAAGACGUUGAAGCCGCACACGGCGGCGGUAGUGGCGGUGCCCGAGCAGCAGAUAUCUCCGACUCUGCUACCUCGGAAACUGGUAGCUUUAACAAGCAGCUUGAGGAUAGCAAGGCAUAUGAAGUUGGUCAGGGGCCAAGGCAGAGAGGACGCAUAGCGGUGGUGCAGGGACUGAAUAGGCCGCUGUUCCAUGUGGAUGUUACGGCUGCGCUUAAUAGUGCGUUGGCUAAUGCGCAGAGGAAGAGUCAUUAG